AUGGAUUUUCUCCAGCGCCUCGCGCGGUACCUCGAUCGCCCUCUCUUCCCUUGGAAGAAGCUCAUCCUCGGCUUUUCCGUCGGUCAAUACCUCUUUGAAUCCUUCCUCACCCUUCGCCAAUAUCGCAUUCUCCAACAGACCAAACCCCCCGCCGUGCUCUCCAAGGAAAUCUCGCAAGAAACUUUUGACAAGUCUCAAGCCUACGGUCGCGCCAAAGCUCAGUUCGAAAUCAUCUCCGGCCUCUGGGCCCAGAUCCAAAACGUUGCAUUCAUUCAACUCGAUGUCCUCCCAAAGUUGUGGUCCUGGACGGGCGAUUUACUCCUCAAAUGGGCUCCCUCCAGAUUCACUGGCGAAAUUAGCCACUCCAUCCUCUUUGUUCUCACCUUCAUCGUCAUCCAACAGUUCCUUUCACUCCCCACGCGCGUGUACAGCACUUUUGUGCUGGAGGAGAAGUUUGGUUUCAACAAGCAGACGCCAAAACUAUUCAUCACCGACAUGAUCAAGACGAAUCUGUUGACGGUUGCCCUCGUGCCCCCUAUUCUGGCCGCCUUUUUGAAGAUUAUCCAGAAGACCGGUAACCAGUUUGUGUUUUAUCUUUGGGUCUUUUCUGCUGGCUUGCAGCUAUUCACUACGACUGCGUACCCGAUCUUUAUCCAGCCCCUAUUUAACAAAUUGUCUCCUCUCGAGGAAGGCGAACUCAAGACCAAGGUUGAGGGGCUGGCUCUUUCUCACAAGUUUCCCCUACAAGAGCUCUUUGUCAUUGAUGGAAGCAAACGAAGCGCGCACUCGAAUGCCUAUUUCUACGGUUUGCCUUGGAAGAAGCACAUUGUCAUUUACGACACCUUGAUUGAAAAGACGAAGACCGAUGAAAUCAUUGCCAUUCUUGCCCACGAACUCGGUCACUGGAAGCUCGGCCACACAACGCGUCUCUUUGGCAUCGCUCAGGCCCAUCUCCUUUAUGUCUUCUCUCUGUUCUCUGUUUUCAUCAACAACGUGUCCCUCUACAAUGCGUUUGGCUUCCACACCACCCACCCCAUCAUUAUCGGGUUCAUUCUCUUCAGCGACGCCCUCUCCCCAAUGGACACUGUCAUCAAGCUGCUUCUCAACAUCCUCUCUCGCAAAUUCGAAUUCGAGGCAGACGACUUCGCAAAGGGUCUGGGCUUCCGCUCGCAGCUGGCCUCUUCUCUAAUCAAGCUGCACGCUCAGAACCUGAGCACCAUGGACGCCGACUGGAUGUAUGCCAGCUAUCACUUCUCGCAUCCCCAUCUGUCUGAGCGUCUCAAGGCCCUUGAUUGGAAGUCAAAGGACUCGCUCACGAGUGAAAAGGAUCGGGAGGGUGUUGCGACAGCUACUGGACGUGAUGAGUUGUGA